UUUUUUACACUGGUCCAUAUAAAGUUUAGUCCCACUUCAUUAUAAAUCUUCAUAAAGCUAUCCAAUAUAUGCACCUCCAUAACCUCAUCAAUUCCAAAGAAACAUCCACCUCAAUCAUACACACACUAAUUUCAAACACAAAAUCUUCAACUUAGAGCAUAGAUAUACUCGAGUUUUGGUAAUACAAGUGUGUUUUCUUUAUUAAACAGUGUUUUCCGCUACUCAUCUAAGCCUGUUUGGCAAUAGCGUUUGAGGUAGCAAGUAGAGGUUAGACACAGGUUAAGCUCCAAACACGUAAAACUAUCUCCAAUCAUUAUUAGACCGCACUGCUUAAUAUCUUGAGUGAAACAAGCACCUUAGCAGUUGAGUCAAGUAAUUAAGAGAUUACUCAUCGCGUAGUUGUACUUGUACUAUAUAAUCAUGUACCGGUUGAGUAACACAGUAAUAGGUUUCCUAAACCUAUUCUCUCUUCUAGCAUCUAUCCCCAUCAUCGGAGCCGGGCUAUAUAUGGCGAAAGACAGCACGACAUGCGUGAAUUUCCUUCAAACUCCGCUACUCGUAGUCGGCUUCAUUAUCCUCAUAGUGUCCCUAGCAGGGUUCAUUGGCGCCUGCUUUCACGUAGCGUGGGCGUUGUGGGUGUACUUGGUGGUCAUGUUGCUACUCAUUGUGGCUUUAAUGGUAAUAACGGUUUUUGGGUUUAUAGUUACCAGCCAAGGGGGUGGUGAUCGUGUCUCAGGUAGGAUAUACAAAGAGUUUCACUUACAAGAUUACUCCCCUUGGUUAAGGGACCGAGUGAAUAACCCUAAAUAUUGGAAUAAUAUUAGGGGUUGUAUUAUGGGCUCUAAGACUUGUGCUAAAGUUGCUGCUUGGACUCCUGUUGAUUAUCUUAGGAAUGAUAUGACCUCUAUUCAGUCAGGAUGCUGCAAGCCACCAACAUCAUGCACCUAUGGGCAAGAAAACGUGAUGGUGACCCAAGAUCCGGAUUGCUACAAGUGGAACAAUGAUCCGAAUUUGUUAUGCUAUGAGUGUGAUUCUUGUAAGGCAGGGGUGUUGGAGACCAUAAGGAGGGAUUGGCACAAACUUUCUGUUCUGAAUGUAGUCAUGCUUAUAUUGCUCAUUGGCAUUUACUCCAUUGGUUGUUGUGCCUUCCAAAAUACUCGUCGGGCUGAAUCCGAUUAUCCGUAUGGCCAUAACCGCAUGAUGAAAGUUAGACCUCGAUGGGACUUCUACUGGUGGAGAUGGUGGCGUGAUAGAAGAGAACAGCUUUGGUAGUUUAAGUAUUAUGCAACUCUUUUAAGCAUAUCUUUAGAUUGAGGGAUCCAAAUUAAAGUGGUGCUAUUGUCCUUGUGCUUGUUCUUGGUUCCUUCUUUUUGUACAAAGGGUCAGCUCUUUUUCUCCAGCUAAGCUUGUAUCUAUUUAGAUAGGGUUGUAUCCAUUUACUUAUGAAGUUAUGGCUAUCAUUCUUACAAA